AUGACCGUGUUUCCAAAAAAGAAGCAAGUGCAAAUAAUGGAGGCAUGGGAGGCUCUUAUUUACAGUUAUGAUGAGACUCAGUACUACAUGAAGUUGGCUAUCUUUGAAGGAAUUUGUAGUAGCUGUUCUAUUUUUUAUGAUUAUGUACACGAGCAGUGGUUAAUUCCUCACAAGGAAAGGUUUGUUGAGGCGUGGACAAAUAGAGUUAUGCACUUUGGGAACACCACAACACAAAGUGUUGAGUCGGCACAUUGGAGUUUGAAAAUGAUAUUACAAGAUAGUAUUGGUGAUAUAUGCAGUGUUUGGGAAACCAUCAAUAACCUGAUUGUAUUACAACACAAUGAGAUAAUAACAUCAUUUGAAAAGAGCAUCAUUCAAAAGGUGCAUCGCUAUAGUAACAGAUUAUACGCGAAUUUGCGUGGUGUUGUGUCAAAAAAUGCAAUUGAUCACAUUGCGGCAGAGUAUGAUCGCGUGAAGUAUGUAGGUAUUGAUCAGACUGAGUGUCGUUGCACAAUUAGGACAACACAUGGUCUACCUUGUGCAUGUGAAAUAGCCAAGUAUAGUAUGAUCCCACGUUCCAUUCCAUUAGACGCUAUUCAUGGUUGGUGGAGUAAAUUAACUUUCCAUGUUGAUGCAUCGAGUCAACCUUCAGAGUUAUCUAUGAAACAUGAAAUAGAUGUCAUAGUGAAAAAGUUUGAAGAACUUGAUGUACCUGACAAAAUUUCACUUAAAGGUAAAUUACGAGAGAUCGCGUAUCCAUCGACUACGUCGAUGUUUCCACCGGUUGCCAAGGUUAAAACAAAAGGUGCACCAAAAAAAGGCAAAAGUAAGGUAUCAAAAAGAGAUAAAUCAACCAAGCGUGAUCCAUCUUGGUGGGAGUAUGUGGAUGCAAGUGUUCGAUGUAGUGGUACAAAUGCAUGUAGCACUAUAGAUACCAGUAAAGUAGAAAAGCUAGCACCUCGACCAUCAGUCCAAAAGCUCACACCUCGACCAUCAAUUAGCAAAGUUCAACAACCAAGAGUUCUCCUCUUCAAAGAUUGGUUGCCAGUUGAAAUUCAUAAAUUCAUAGAUGACAUUAUUGAUGUCGGUGAUGAUGGUAAUUGUGGAUAUCGUGCAGUUGCAGCUUUACUUGGAAUGGGUGAGAACUGUUGGGCAUUCAUCCGUCAACAGUGUGUGAUAGAGCUUCAAGAGUUCAUGUCUCAUUACGAGAUACUAUUUGGUGUCAUUUCGUACAGGUUUACUUAA